AUGAAUCAUUUAAAAAUAUUUUUAUUAGUCUGUUUAACAAUUUUAGUUUCCACGGUUGGUUCUAUGAGGCUAAGCGGUGAAAUCUCUUCCAAAGGUACCUUUACUCAAUAUAUUGGUAAAUUCUGUUACAAUGAUAAUGGUGGUAAUAUUAUAGUGGAUCUUAACUGGGAUCAUUAUAAUAUCGAUACUGCAAAAUUAUUAUUAUUCUCUGAUUCAAUUGAAAAUGUUUUAGAAAAAGUAGAGUCUUUAUCAUGUCAAAAUACAGUAACACCAAGUUAUGUGUUUAAUAAAUACUCUAAUCUUAGUAAAAUCUAUGAAGUAAAAGGACAACGUGAUAGAUAUUGGUAUUUGGUUAUUCAAAAUUGUGAAAAGUUUCCAAGUAAUUUAAACUAUGAUAUCAGUCUCUUAAAUGAUGGUGAUUCAUUUGAUAAAUUUCUCUCAGCUGAUCAUCAAUCUGUACCACAAGCUCAUAUUUUUUACUUUUUAUUCGGUAUGGUAUUAAUUAUGGUUUCAAUUGUAUGGAUUGGUCAAUACUUUAGAAGAAAUAAAUUAAAUGGUUGGGUAAUUGAAUGUUUAAUUUUGAUAAUGAUUCUAUCAUUAAUGUCUAUAUUUUUAUAUACAUUAAAUUGGAUUUAUAUAAUUUAUAAUUUACCACUUGGUAAAAAUAUUUUUGAAAUUGCAAAUUGGGUUUAUGUUUUAGCAAAGAAUUUAUUUUUCUUAUUGUUAAUUUAUGCUGGUCAAGGUUGGACAACAUCAAUUUAUUCUAAGUCAAAAUUAAGAAAUUGUAUCAAUAUAUUCUUAAUUGUAUUUAAUAUUUCAUUGGGAUGGUCAUUAAGUUAUAUUUAUGAUUAUUCGAAACCAGAUAUUAGACCAUACAAUUAUUAUUUAGAUUGUUUACCUGGAUACUUUUCUUAUGUUGCAUACGGCUUAUUAACGGUCUAUUUUAUUUAUUGCAAUAUAAUUUCCUAUAGAUCAUUAAAUGAUGCUGAGCCGGCUAGAAAAACAUUUUUAAAAAUUUUCACAUUGGUUUUCUCAAUAUAUAUGUUGAGUCCGAUUUUGGUUGGUAUCAUCUCCCAUUUCCUUGUGGAUUAUAUGAAAUUCAAAGUUUCAACUAUAAUGAAUCACACUUUGGAUUUCAUAUUUUACAUUACUCUAAUGGUGUUCUAUAGGCCUACAGCUGGAAAUAUUUUAGUAACAAAAUUAGUAAACCCUUAUAAUAUUGAAUUAAGAGAAAUUAAAUAUUAA